AUGGAUUGUCCUUUUAAUUUGAUAAAAAAACAUAUAACACAGGCAACAGAACUCAAUAAACUGCUACAGUGGUCUGUUGUUGCUGCUAUUUGCAGCCCUGAAGCCCCGCUAUAUACGUCAAUCGCUUCUCGCACCUUAUUUCCUGUGAAUAACGGUUUUGGUGGGUGCCGUUACCGUGAAAUAGCGGCGUCUAUACAGCGACCCAUCCUCUAUUUGAAUCUUGUUACUAUGAGAUCUGUAGAAGAAAGCUGCUGUGAGGAUACACGAAUGAACUUCACAGACCAUCUAUGUUCUGCUUUAAAAAGGAAAGGAAUCAUCGCCUUCGGAGAUGAUGAAAACCUUGAGGUAGAUGAAGCCAUCGCACCAGAGCUCUUUAAAGCAAUUCAAGAAUCAUGGUCCUCAAUAAUCGUUUUCUCGGAAAGAUAUGCUUCUUCCAGAUGGUGUCUGGAAGAACUUUCUGAAAUUAUUAAACAAAAAAACGAGUGGGGACACAAAGUUUUCCCAAUUUUCUAUGAUGUGGAUCCAUCUGAGCUACGAGAACAGAAAGGGAAAGUUGAAGAAGCUUCUGCUAAGCAUGAAGAAAAAUUUAAAGAGGAAACAGUAAGGUGGCGAACCGUUUUAACUGAAGUGGCUAACGUGACGGUAUGGCACUUAAAUAACAGAAUAAACGUAAGGGAUGAUGAAGAUGAUUGUGUUCGCAUUAUAGGGAUUUCUGGUUUGGGAGGAAUUGGUAAAACAACACUUGCAAGAUUUGUUUAUACCCAAAUUUCAAGUCAUUUUGAAGGUAAAAGCUUUCUAGCAAGUGUUCGGGAAGUAGCGGAGAAAGAUGGACUUGUUUGUUUACAAAAACAGCUUCUUUGUCAGAUUUUGUUUGAAGAAGGUUUUAAUUUUUUUGAUGUUGAUGAAGGAAAUGACAUGAUAAGUCGUAGGUUAUCUCAUAACAAGGUUCUUAUUGUUCUUGAUGAUGUGGAUAACAUCCAACACUUAAAAUGUUUGGUCGGAAAGCGUGCUUGGUUUGGUUUAGGAAGUGGAAUAAUUAUAACAACAAGAGCUGAGCAUUUGUUGCAAACCUAUGGAGUGGAUGAUGUGUAUAAGCCAAUGACAUUGAUUGCCAAUAAAGCACUUCGAGUUUUCAGUUUGAAAGCUUUCAAAAGUGAUACACCUGAAAAGGAUUUGGUCGAGCUUUCAAAACGUGUUAUAGAAUAUGCAGAUGGCCUUCCAUUAGCUCUCGAAGUUUUUGGUUCUUUUCUUGCUGGGAGAGAUGCUUCUCAAUGGACAAGUGUAAUAGAAAGACUUGAAAAUGAUUAUAAGAAAGAAAUUCUUGACAGGCUUCAAAUAAACUUUGAUGGAAUAGAAGAAACGGAGAUGAACAUAUUUUUAACUAUUGCUUGCUUCUUCAAAGGGGAGGACAAAGAUUUGGUAACAAAAAUUCUGGUCGGUUGUAACUUUUUCUGGAAUAUUGGAGACAAAUUGUCGAUACAUCAAUUGCUACAAGAGACAGGAAGAAAAAUUGUUCACCAAAAAUCUCCCAUUGGAUCAUCGAUUAAAUGCUAUGAUGUCUGGAAGAACUUUCUGACAUUAUUAAACAAAAAAAACCAGAGGGGACGUAAAGUUUUCCCAAUUUUCUAUGAUGUGGAUCCAUCUGAGCUAAGAGAACAGACAGGGAAAAUUGAAGAAGCUUUUGCUAAGCAUGAAGAAAAUUUUAAAGAGCAGACAGUAAGGUGGCUAACAUCAAGGGAUGGGACUUAA